UCAUAAUCUUUGAUGAAUCCAGAUCAUGGAGCACAUACAGCCGUCACGUUUACAGUGCGUGCGCUCUGAUACAGGAUUAGAUCCUUCUGCCAGACUGUCUCUCACCAGCCUUUCUUGACGAUGGGCCAGGGCAGGCCGAGUGUGUUGGUCGGCGCACCGAAAGCUAACACCAGCCAGCCGAACAUAACUGAGGCCGGGGCCGUCUAUUCCUGUGCCUGGGACGCCAAUGGGACCGACUGCGUGCAGCUCCCCUUUGAUCUGACAGGGAACCGGCUCCACAACGAGACGGAAGUCCUGGAGUUCAAAUCCAACCAGUGGUUUGGCGCAAGUAUCCGAUCGUCCAAUCGCACGAUAGUG